AUGGCGUCCCAUCUUAACUGGAUGCUUAUUAAGAAUACGCAUUGUUUUCUUAUGAAGCGAAAUGGGGAACAGUUUAGCCGUGACCCUCUUAAUCUGAAAGGGAAGAACUGUUUUAAAUACAAUGGGCUUGUCCACAAGAAAGCAAUUGGCAUUAAGCAGGAACGUGGAGGCAAGGGUGUGUAUUUCAUUACAAAGAAGGCGGGCUAUGACCACAAGCCAAGACAGGCUAUUGUAAGGACAAAGUUCGUUCGUGGUGAUCGUCGAACCCUUCAAAAAAUUCGCAACUUUCUUGCCUUAAGAAAAGCCAGUGCUGUCUUAAAAAGUAACAAGAAAAAGCAAGCAGCAAAACAAAGUCGAACCUGA